AUGAACAGCUCCAGGAGCCAAGGCGAAGCCGUGCCCUCGGGGACCCUUGCCGCCCUCCCGGCCCUUUUAGUGGGUCUGGGACUGGCCAGUGGAGUGGGCAACCUCCUCUUAGCCGCCUCCUUGGCCCCGCAGCUGGCUCAGGGACGGCUGGCGCCAGGGUACCCUUGGCUCCUCAACUUGGCCACGGCAGACUGGACCCUGGGACUGUGCCGCCUCCUGCUGCAGCGUGGGGUCUGGCUCUGCAGGGCCUCCGAGUGGCUCCUCCAUGCCUCUUUGGCCACCAAGAGCUUCAGCUGGACGGCGGCGGGGCUGGCAAGGGCGAGCGGGGCCAAGACCACCGCCACCACAUCCACCACGCUGGGCAACGGGCACAGUGUCCGGAGCUGGGCGGGGCUCCUGGCGUCCACCUGGGCAGUGGGCCUGGUCCUGGCCUUCCCCCGGUUCCUCUUCACCCAUCAUCACGAGGAGGUCCAUCCCCUUGCCUGGCCCACUUGCACCUUCCAAGCCCCUCACGCCAGCUUCGUGGAGGUCUUCAGCACCGUGGUCUACCCGCUGGCCGCCUGCUUGGCCCCUGCCACCUUGGCCUUGGUCGGCUACUGGCGUGCCCUCCAUGCUCCACCAGCAUCCAACUGGAGAGAUCGCGUGGCCAAGUCCAGGGAGCUGUCAAGAGGACGUCAGGUGAAUUGGACCCUGUUGGGCCUCACCUUCUUUUUCCAUGCCACUUGGGUGCCCACAUGGGUGGCCUGGCUAUGGGACAUGGCCAAGGGAACCCAACCUCCUUGGGCUUUGGAGGCUGCCGCCGAGGUCCUGCGUUUCCUUGAUGGUGCCCUGCGCCCGGCUCUCUUGCUGGUCCUCUUGGCCGAGCUCCGUCCGGGGUUGAGGAGCAUUUCUUGGAAACGCAGUAAAGCUGAGGACAAAGGAGGAAGUGCCAAGCUGGGGUCUGGGGCCACCAACCCCGAGGGGACCCCCUUAGAAAACCUCGACAGCAGCCAGGAAUCAACAACCAUGAGAAAGCUCCCUGAUGUGGAGAAUUUCUGGAAGGAGCGGAUGAGCACCACGGCUAGAGAAGAGAGUGACCCGACCCCCUGGGAGCACCUAAGUGAGCCCUGA